AUGUCGGGCGAGUCUGCGGCCAAUGCGACCAAAGAUGACGAGACACUACCUCUGGGGGUGUUUCUGGUGAAGAGUGACAGCAAAGAGGAGAAACUGCUCUUCAGGUAUCCGUACGCUAUCGAUGAUACCAACCGACCAUUGAUUCAGACAAACAAACCCAACAAAUACGCCAUUAUUAUCACCGAAGACACCUUCAACAGCGAUGAGACCACUUCGCUGGACAAACCGAUCAACAAGACGUCUUCAAUGCUGUCCUAUUCAGACCUAACGUCCUCGAUAUCUAACCAAUCGGUGAACACGACCACAAACGAGACAAUCGCUAAAGUGAUCGGAAUUACCGACAAUUCGUUCUCCAAUUUGUUUGCCGUGAAUAUCAAACUCUGUGGUCAGAAGUUUGAGCUGAAGCUCAAUGACAUCCGAUUCGUGGGACACCCGAUGGUUCUGACGUUCGGGCAGAAGGAGUUACUGAUCUUCAAUGUGGUGUUCGCUCUGAAGGCCAACGCCAGUCACGAUGUGGUCAACUGUUACCACGAGUUGAGCCAAAAGAUUGCCAUCGGUUUGCACUUCGAGGAGAACCGAUGCGGGUAUCUGUCGGCGGAGACCAAACUGAUGGUCGCUCUUCACGACGAGGUGACCGCCAUGACUGAGGACACGAUGCACGACGAGAGCCCCUAUAAACUCAUUUUAGGCAAAUCCAGGUUAGCUAAGGAUCUCAAGAAGGUCUACGAGAGCCUGUCGUCCACCGGUUUGGUGAGAGUGCGGCUCAACCGCUGGAUUGAAGUGAGCUUUUGUUUGCCGCAGAAAGUCCAUCGACUGGUCCUCAAGAACCACUCGAAGGUGCCGUCGAUUACACUGCAAAACAUCCACAACUGUCUGCAGGCCUUACGUCCAUACCAUGCGAUCCUACUUCUGGUCGACACUCAAGAGCUGUUGGAUUCGUUACCACAGGACGCGUCGCCCGCUUUCAUACGAAUCGUGAGGUUCGCGAAUCCCAUCAAAAAUCUGGUGGAGCUGUCGGCCGACGCAGACAUUACACUGACUCAAGUGUUUCAUAUUGUGUCACAACUGGUCUAUUGGGCCAAAGCGACAAUCAUUUACCCGUUAUGUGAGCACAACGUCUAUAUCAUCCACCCGUUGGCGCCAACCAGUGUUGACUCGCCUUUAGUCGAACAGUUCGAAGAGAAGUUCCCCGGAAGUGAUAAUCUUCUCAAGUAUUUGUCCAAAUUCUCGUUAAGUAUGUCUUUGAGUCAAUUACGGAAUCCAAUGGAUCCUCAUUUUCAACAGGUUCUUCAGGUACAGAUCGUGGUGUGGCUGUUGAAGAACCGGCUGCUUCUGGAGUUGCAUACAUACGUCUAUUUGGUUCCCCUCUCACAGUCGGCUCCUUAUAUAACUCAACGCAUCUCUCAGUCACAGUCAGACCGUCCCAACAGCUCUCUAACAAUAACAGAUGUGGACGUAAUCGAGUUCAGCACCGGUAGCUCUUUUCCCAGCGAAGACUCAUUGGCCACCAGCCCUCCCAAUGCUACAAGUCUUCAGCACUCAUCCAAGAGUACGUCUGAAGACGACUUGUCAUCGCCGAAGUUCUCGGCGUCAAUAGUGGAGGACUCGGGCAGUGCUUUGCUUAGGGAUAUCGGACUCUCGCAGAAUGAGAUCGAAUCCAUUCUUCGAGUGCCCGCCGCCAAGAACAUCGAAGAUCUCAAACUGUUUGCCAGAUUGUGUCCAUAUUUUAAUGGUAGACAUCAUUUGGAAGACAUUAUGUAUAACGAGAACGUAAGACGCGGACAGUUGUUGGCAUUGAUUGACAAGUUUCGAGACGUCCUCUUCACGUGUCAGUACGAAGAUGUCUCCGUCUCCGUCAACACAGGUAUGUUAGUCUAG